AUGAAUGUUUUGGCAAGUUGCUGUGGCCCUUGUUUUGGCUGGGAGACGCUUGUUGAGGAGCCUGAAGAUACAGCAAGCCGGCCUCAAGUUAAACUCGAUGCCCUAAACAUGGGAUUGGAUGCAGUUAUCGUUAAAAAUGGCACACGCGUCUGUGGAUCUGGUGCAGUUCUCGCUUCCGCCCCGAUUAUGCAGGACAAGGCAUAUUUUGAAGUGAAGGUUCAGUCCGAUGGGAUCUGGGGGUGUGGCGUUGCCGCAGAACAGUGUGACCUUAACAAAGUCCCUACUACUGACAAGUCGUGGAUGCUGACGUCGGAGAGGACAAUUCAAAAAGAAGGGACAGAUGUAGAAAGCGUCGAUGAGAUUUGCGAGGGAGAUGUGAUCGGAGUCACUUAUGACCACGUCGAGUUGCAGUUCUACCUCAAUAGCAAUCCUCUAGGGAAUCCCGUAACAGGAAUACGAGGAAAAAUCUACCCAAUUCUGUACGUCGAUGAAUCCGCCAUCUUAGACGUUGAAUUCGUCCAUUUCCGAAACAUGCCUCCUUCCGGCUUUGGCCAAAUUAUGUUCGAACAAAAUAUUUUAUAA